CCCACUUCCUUUCCUUUCCUUUCCUUUCCACUUUUUCCAUUCCCUGAAUGCCAUCUAUUUUCUCUGUUCUUGCCACUAGUUUCAGUCAAAGUCAAACCAACCCAUGAUCAAAACUGACCCUAAACGCACAGUACCCCCACAGACUGUAAUGGAGACUAGUCUGUUCAGGCUCCGCAACUGCAUUUCUAUCUUCUUCUCUGCCUGCUUCUUUUUCACUGAUUCUUCCUCUUAUAUUCUUCCUAUCGGAAUCCAUCCCCUAGAUGAGAAGUACUUUGCUUCUGGGGUGAUUAAAUGCAAGGACGGAUCGAAAUCCUUCACCAGAGACCGUAUCAACGACGAUUUCUGCGACUGCCCUGAUGGCACUGAUGAGCCUGGAACUUCAGCCUGUCCAAAGGGCAAAUUUUAUUGCAAGAAUGUGGGAAGUACACCUCGCUUUCUGUUUUCUUCGGGGGUCAAUGAUCACAUUUGCGAUUGCUGUGAUGGGAGUGAUGAGUAUGAUGGCAGCAUCAUUUGUCCAAAUACAUGUGUCAUGGGUGGAAAUGUUGCAUACAAGACGAUGAAUUAUGGCUCAAGAAUCAGGGAUCUGGGUUCUAUUGAUGCAAAAGAAACUAAAAAUGGAGUUCAUUUGGAGGGAUCAACUCAGGAACUUACUGGCAUAAAGAUAGUGAUAAUCCUACAGGCAGUAGUUAUUAGUUUUGUGGUGGCGUUUCGUCUGUGUCAUCGGUGCGCCAGAUCGAGAAGAAGACAUUCUCGUUCAAUAAGUCUACCUUGAGCUGGCUAUUGUGAAUUUGGUUCCUUUUGCACUGUAUUUACUGAUUUGUUGAUAGACUCCUUUAGAUAUGUGCAACUGACUUGAAUCAGAGCUGGAAUCCUACAUACACGUUCCCUUAGCGUGACAAGACCAACCUGGAAUUUUUUUAGAAAUUGUUCCUUUCAUCAAUGUAUGACAUAAUUGUGUAAAAAGCCAUUUGAUAGUGUAAUAUAUAUGUAUGUAUAAGGAAAGCUUUUUUUUUUUUACCUCCAAAAUUAUGUACCCUAGUCUUACAAGGCUAUUAUUAUUCUGAGUGUGGUGGUUGUCUCGAAUUGAAAAAACUAGUUAGGUUGUUCUUACACUUAAGAAGACACUUCAUCAUGGGGAUAUUUUCACA